CAGCGUCCAAGUAUCUUACGAUCUUUUUCGUCCCUGAAAUUGUGUCUGGACGCUCUUUCCGGACAUACAGGCCCCGCAAGUGUGUUGACGUGCUCCACGGUUUGCUGGCAUUUUGCGAGACUGCGGCACUUUUUAAAAAGAGCCAUCGAACCCAAGUCGACCGGCCCCCCCUGGGUUCACCACGGCACCUUCCCAAUCGCCCGUUUUCAGUUUCCAGGAAUUAGUCAGCUCGCCAUGUCCCUAGACGUUGAGAAGCAGCUCACCUUUUAUGGUGCUUACCACCAUAACCGAGUCAACGUCAUCAUCCAUAUGAUAUGCGUUCCGCUGAUUUUGUUCUCGGCAUUCGAGAUAGCUUCCAACUAUGGCCCCUUCUUCACUCUGCCCUCAUGGCUCCAGGUCCCCUAUCUCGAGCCGAACUUGGGAACAUUCGCGGCCCUCACUUGGGGCGGCCUCUAUCUCCUCCUCGAGCCCGUCGCGGGCGGCGCUUUAGCCCUGAUCUGCCUGGGCGCAGCAGCCGGCACCAACUACCUCCGGCUGCAAGACCCCGCCGGCACCACGCGGGUCGCCGUGGCGGUGCACAUCGUGUGUUGGCUGCUGCAGUUCAUCGGACACGGAAAGUUUGAGGGCAGGGCCCCCGCCCUGCUGGACAAUCUGUUCCAGGCCAUCUUCCUGGCGCCGCUGUUUGUCUGGCUUGAGCUGCUCUUCGCGCUUGGCUACCGCCCCGAGCUUCAGAAACGCGUCAACAAGGCCGUCGAGCUCGAGAUCGCCAAGUUCCGCGAGCGGAAGGCGAAGAAGGCCGGCAAGACCCAGUAGGUGACCUGGACACACCUCCGGGCGCGCUUCUCUACCUCCCCUGGGACCCCAGCCGGAAUUCGCGCCAUUACAGCAUCUGGCGGGGCUGAGGGGCGCGGCAGCGGCUACCGGGCCUGGAGUCUUACGCUCGACGCUGUGUCUGGAUUCACUGAGCUCCAUUUGGGACUGACUAGGGGACCGAACAACUUGAAGGGCAUGCGUAGCUGGGCCACCUAACGAGUGCCGACUCUGGAUCGGCUGCCAUACUUUGGAGAUACAACAGUUUCCUGCACUUCGGCGGUGGAUUUGGCGGUGAUGGUAGGAGAUAGAUAGCUUUACUACACUAGGUAAAUACGACAUCAUUGCAUUUGC